AGCCACAACACAAGCAACGCUCGUAUACCCCUGAAUAAUCCUGAACCUGAAAACGGAGCGAAAGUAUUCUAAAGACCCCAUCGAAAGAACUACAGAACUAAAGAACUGCCGGCGUGCUUGCUUUCUUUGACAAAAUACUGCAUCAGACUGCGGUAUUCCACCCAUCAGCAAAGGAAAAACACAGCUAGCUUGUCACGAUGGGUUCUAUCGGGAUUCCGAUCAAGCUUUUGAAUGAGUCGCAGGGACAUACUGUCACUCUAGAACUUACUACCGGACAGGCCUACAGAGGAAAAUUGAUCGAGGUCGAGGACAACAUGAACUGCCAGCUACGAGAUAUACAAGUCACCGCGCGCGACGGCCGCGUCUCUCAUCUCGAGCAAGUCUACAUCCGCGGCUCGCACGUUCGAUUUUUCAUCGUCCCGGAUAUGCUAAGAAACGCGCCGAUGUUUAGAUCAAGCGGGUUGAAAGGAAAGGGUGUUGGUCUUGCGCGUGGAAAGGCGACGGUGCAGCGUGCUUCGAAGAUCCAGAAAACGAGAUGAUGCGUGAGCGUGCUAGAGUAGAGUAUGCGGUGUCGAUGGCGAUUGGGGGGAGUGGCGGACUGUCGUUACCGUUGUUUGCAGGGAUGGGUUAUACGGGAAAGAAAAAGUGGUGCGAGAAAUAGGAAAGAGAGGAGAGAAGGAGAUAGCUGUAUGGUGACUGCAAGACGCGUCUGGUCUUGCUUCGGACAAUGUGGCUGGAUAUCCUCGAGUUACAUUCUAUUCGGCCUUGAUUCUCAUUCUUCUGUUCUUUGAAUUCCUGCUAUUUUUGAUCUCCUACUAUAAUCACUAGCCACCAGCCGGUCGACAGACUGAUGUCCAUGUGUAUAAUAUAUUUCGUUGUUAGU